UUUGCAGUCCCCCCCUAUAUCAUCCGGGCCAGAUGUGAGCUCCGAGUUACAGACAACUCGCCCUCAGAGAAGACUGUCACUUCUUGGAUUUGUACAUCCAACUCAUCAGCAGCGAUGCAUGCAAAGUAUGCCCUGGCACUGAUCCUCGCUCUGCAGGUCUCCGUGAGCCUGUGUGAGAUUCCUGAUCCACCUCAGGAGCUUGUUGACAAAUACAAUGAGUACAAAGGUACCUUCUACAAGAGGGUGCUGAACCUUCUCAACCGGGCGCAGACCGCCUCUGGUCCCAUGGUGGAGCAGGUCAGCCAAGAUGGCCGUGGACAGGCUGUCAGAGAAUACGCCGAGACUCUGCAGGCCAAGCCCGAGUUCCAAGCCCUCGUCAAGGUCGCCACUGCCAUGGGUGAGGAGGCAUCUCCCCUGGUUGACAAGGCCCGCUUAAAAUUGCUGGGCGCAUACAAUGAGUACCUCCGCCCCCACAUUGGCGAAUGGCUGGCUGACACCAUCUCCGAGGCCAAGGUAUACCUGGACAAAGUCAUGCCCGCCGAGUAAAGACGACCAACUGGAGCGAAACCACCUGUCAGCAUCCUGUAAUAGAUGAUAGCUCUUAGAAAGUACACCAGUUUAAAAGCAAUGCACAAUGCAAACACAAUCCUUUUGCCUCUAUUCACCUACAUCCUCGCCUAGUCGCGCAGAGUUAACAGCAGGGCAAACACGUCAACACCACCUAUGCAAAUUGUGCAUGUACAGUAUUUUUUGUUUGAUACACUAACCAAAGUGUGACUGUGUAUGUAUAUGUGUGAGUGCGUUCAUUAAUAAAAAUGAACUGGAAACUA